UCUUACGUAUGUGAUCCGAUAAAAAUGAUCUAUAAGUUUACUCUCGCAUUAAAAAGUUGUUUUGUAUAACGUGUUAUCAUUUUUUUAUCACUUAUGAGUUUUUAUCACUAUGAGUUUUAUUACAGGCGUUUAUGUUUAAAUGAUCAAGUGACAUGUUCAUAGAGGAAAAGGUUGGAAGGUGUCGAGUUGCCCGACAUCUUUCACGAAUUAGCCGAGUAAUAAAUUAACGCCUUUUUCUCAAGAUAUUAAGUAGGAUCAGUUGGGUCACUGCAAACCUCAUAUUACAGGAUCCGUUCGAAAUCCUAAUUUCAACGAAACGAAUGACUAUCAGUUGACGGGGAUUUUCGAUGGAUUAAUAGAUCAGGCCUUUCCUUCCGAGGCAAAAGAAUGAAUGGAAAGAGAAGGGGAGGCACAUAUGUGGAGUUUAUGUUUUCGGGGUGGAGGGAGGGAAUGAUACGUGGAUAAAAAAAGACAUCAAAAAUGGACGCCACCGCGUCUCAUGAUCGAGUCAUUGUUAAAUGCGAAUUUAACGACAGUGUUCGUUAUCAAACUCCAUGACAGUGUUUUCGCAGGAACGAUUGAGAUAAAUAUAUCAGUAAUAUAAUCUUCGAUGCACCAACAAUAAUGCAACAUGUGACCUCGUGUAAUUGAACACGUACGCGUAUUCAAAUCAGCCUUAAAUGAUCUUAGUCCGAGCUCGAGAUAAUGUCGUGAUCGUCCGAACAAUCGGACUCUGACCGUAGUUAACGCUUUCGUGAAAUAUGGUAUUGUGUAUGUGUGCGUUUGAGCUUCUGCCCGCAGUAACAUUUUCACCAGGGGGAAGAAAGAGGAGCAGAAAGGAUGUACCAGGUGGCCACGAAUGUGCCGCGGCGUUCGCGCGAUUGGAGAGCGCGGUAUCUCCGAAAAUGAGUUGAGACGAAUGAGACCGGAGCUCGGAUGUUCGAAGGCUCCGCCUGAGUUUCGGGACGUCCCAAAUCUCGCGCCCCACCAACCAACACAUUUUCUAUCUAUCUAUCUGUCUCUUUCUCAGUCUCUCUUCCUUUCUCACUCUCCUCUCUCAUGUGGUUCUCUCUUUGGUUUUUACUUCGAGAACUUCGACUAACAAUUAGUUUCAUGCCAAAGACGCGGUCUGUCGCGACGUUCCGUCUCCGCCAACAGACACUUAUUAAUCGCGCGAAAGAGAAUCAUCGAUCACUCGGCAGGAUGCCUCGAAAACGGCGCGCCUCGACAUCGUCAUUAGAAGAAUAUCCUUCCGAUGAAAAAUAUAUAAAAAACGACAUAGAAAGUCGCGCGCCGCGGAACGCCGCCAACGCUCGCGAGAGAGCCAGGAUGAGGGUGCUAAGCAAAGCAUUCUGCAAAUUGAAAGCAACAAUUCCUUGGGUGCCCAAUGACACAAAAUUGAGUAAGCUUGACACUUUGCGUUUAGCGGCCACAUAUAUUGCUCAUUUGCGAGCAGUGCUUAGAGACGAUGGCGAAACUCUACCAUACUCCGAGAGUACCAAGUCUUUGUCACUGACCUUAUCGUGGCCGUUCGCCAUUCAAAAUAGUAACGCUACCACACUUAUGAAUAACAGUUGUAACGUAUCUUCUUCAACAUCUCCGAACUGUAAUCAGUAUCGAAGACAGCACGCACAAGCGACUCACGAUGUUCAAAAUUUUCAUCAUCCUGGGCAUCAAGGCGCGUCAACGCGGCAUAAUCAAGAGCAGCAGCUCUCUUAUUUCUAACAAAAACUACUGACAACCCGAUCAGAGCUUAACCAACGAGAGAUAUCUGUCAAAGAGUAAUCACCAGAUGGAUUUUACGUGAUUUUACGACGUUUGGUGCUGUCGUUUCUUCACGCCUUAUUUAUUCCAGAGUGCCUUAUUCUCCUAGUAUUUAUUAAUUUAAAAACAAAUAAUAUUAUAUGAUAUUAUGUACAUUUAUUUAUGCAAAAGAAAAAUUAUACGCGUCAAUAACGCUUAUGUCUUUACUUACGCAUCUUUUGUAUAAAAAAACACGAAUAUUGCAUUGCAACGUCUACACGUAGGUUUAGCUGAUAAAAAUUUGUUAAUAAAA